AUGCCUUUACCAAGACGUAGGUCAUCUAUCUUGGGGCAGCAGCCCGCUUUGUCUUCUGCUGAGUGUCCUGGGACUACCAAUCGUAGAGUCAGCAUUGGCAGCGCGAGUAACCUCCCCAGGCCACCAGGUGUCUAUGUAGGAAGUGUUCCAACUGGAGGUGUAAGUAGUCUUGGCACUCGGGUUUCUCGACGGGCCCUGGGUAUCAGCAGUGUUUUUAUGCAGGGACUGCGCAGCUCUGGCCCACCUGUUCCUGUCACCCAAAGCUUGGAAAGAGGAAGAGCCCCCACAUUUGAAUCUUUGAAUAGCUGCUUGGUGGAGUACAUAGAUAAAGUGAGAGCCUUAGAACAGGUGAACCAUGAGUUGGAAGAACACAUCAGGAUUUAUCUGGACAAGAAAGCAUCAACUGUAAGCAGUUGGGGAUCACUCAGGGACAACUGGGAGAAUAUAUAUCAUCAGGUUGGAGAUGCAGUCUUGGAGAAUGCUCGACUUAUGCUGCAGACAGAGAAUAUACAAGCAUGUGCAGAAGACUUCAAAGAAAGAUACGAGAAUGAACAGCCUUUUAGAAAAGCAGUGGAGGAGGAGAUACGUUCAUUGUACAAAGUGAUUGAUGAUGCGAACUUGACAAAAAUGGAUUUGGAAAGUCAGAUAGAAAGCAUGAAAGAGGAGCUUGCCUUACUGUCCAAAAAUCAUGAGGAGGAUGUGAAGAUGCUAUACAAGCAGCUGGCAGGAUCUCAGCUAGAAGAAGUAGACACGCCAAUCGGCACGGGACUUGAUGAUAUACUGGAGACCAUCAGAAUUCACUGGGAGAAGGACAUUGAAAAGAACAGAGCUGAAUCUAGUGCCCUUCUUCAAGCCAAACAAUCAGCGGCGCUGCCAGCAUUACAAAGCCAAGAAGAGGGAGUUGUGGAGAGUCUGAGAGAAGAAUUCCAUGAUACAGCUUGCAAAAUCCAGAGCCUGCAGGCUGAGACUGAAUCCCUACGAACACUGAAAAGAGGUCUGGAGAAUUCUUUGCAUGAUGCUAAACACUGGCAUGACAUUGAGCUUCAGAAUUUGGGAUCUGUGAUCACUAAGUUGGAAGCAGAACUGGAGGAAAUUAAAAGUGAAACUGAGCAGCACCAGCGAGACCGGGAACAUUUGAUGUCCCAUAAAUUGCAGCUAGAGAAGGAAAUAGCAGCAUAUCACUGUAUCCUGGAUGGAGAGGAAAACAGAUGAUGUUUAAUAAAACAGUCCCUCGGCCAUACAGCUUACAUUGAAGAUAAAUAUAAAGUGAUUUGUGCCUGUGAAAUGGAAUGCUUCUGUGAUCUACUUGAAUAAGCAAAAUUCGGCCCGGG